GCAGCUCGCGCGUGCGGACGGAUCCAUCGCUGCAGAAAGAUGUCACCGGGAGAGGACUAGAAUGACAUUUCAGAGCAAUGGAGGGAGAGAAGAGGGAGAAAAGAGGGGGAGAGAGCUGACGUAAGGUGAUGAGGUUCGGGCUGCUCCACGCCUGCGCGGGAGAGACUGGACUCAGCCGUUUGGGGAGAUUAGUGGGAAACUACGCCUGGAGCGAACCCCCCUCCGAACGCCAUCUUGGCUCGAGACGCUGCUAACAGAGGGAGCCAGGGUCCACUCUCCUCCGGCCAUUUCGGCUCCACCGACCAGCCGCCCGGAGGAUAGAGGGAGGAGUCUGGCGUUUCUGGAAGUCGGGGAGGCAGCCAGUCCAAACCAGCCAGCAUCCGAACCCGAGCUGGAGCGACGAACACUGUAACAGCGACGGGAUUUUUUUUUCUUUUUUUCGGGAAAUGAACGUCUCCCGUUGGGGUUCGGGGAGCUAAAUCCUUCCGCAUCCCAUACAUUUUGAUUUGGUUUCGGCGGGGAUAAGCCCUCCGUGGUCGUGAGGUUGCUAGCUAGCCGUUUUUCCAGUGCCGUUAGCUUGCGGUGAAGGGAGCAUCUCCGUCGGGGCGGGAAGCGUCCGUGGAUGCUGCCGCGGGACUCCGGCGCCGCUCCACAUCCAGCAGCGACACCCAAACCCCGAGGCAUGCGAGGCGGAGCGUGGAGAACUCCACGCCCCGGGGUCUGCUCUGGGGCCACCGUGUAGUUAGCUCGCUGGCUAGCCAGCAGAGCGAGCGAGCGACCGGGAGAGUCUCGGGAGAAGGUGGGGCAGCGGCAGCCUCGGUCGCUAGCUAAUGUGGCUAGCCGGCUAACCGAGCCCGCUGCUUUUCCCGUCCGGACAUUUCAGGGGCUCGAAUUAUCGGUGCUUCGGUGACCACAUUUCCCCGCUGAACGGGGGGGUGUCAGCGACUGCUCCCGGGUGGGGUUUCUUCUGGAGAGCAUCCUCGCCCACCUGGAUGACCAUGGCGGACGACGACGUGCUGUUCGAGGAUGUGUACGAGCUCUGCGAGGUGAUUGGCAAGGGUCCCUUCAGCGUGGUGAGGCGCUGCAUCAACCGGGACACCGGCCAGCAGUUUGCGGUGAAGAUCGUGGACGUGGCCAGCUUCACCUCCAGCCCCGGCCUCAGCACAGAAGAUCUGAAGCGGGAGGCCAGCAUCUGCCACAUGCUGAAACACCCCCACAUCGUGGAGCUGCUGGAGACCUACAGCUCCGACGGCAUGCUCUACAUGGUCUUCGAGUUCAUGGACGGCGCAGACCUGUGCUUCGAGAUCGUGAAGCGAGCCGACGCCGGGUUCGUCUACAGUGAAGCCGUGGCCAGUCACUACAUGCGGCAGAUUCUGGAGGCGCUCAGGUAUUGCCAUGACAACAACGUGAUUCAUCGCGACGUAAAGCCUCACUGUGUGCUGCUGGCCUCCAAAGAGAACUCCGCCCCCGUCAAGCUCGGGGGAUUCGGCGUGGCGAUCCAGCUGGGCGAGUCGGGUUUGGUGGCUGGAGGUCGGGUCGGCACUCCUCACUUCAUGGCUCCAGAAGUGGUGAAGCGGGAACCGUACGGCAAGCCGGUGGACGUGUGGGGAUGCGGAGUCAUCCUCUUCAUCCUCCUCUCCGGCUGCCUGCCGUUCUACGGCACCAAGGAGCGUCUGUUCGAGGCCAUCAUCAAGGGCAAAUACAAGAUGAACCCGCGCCAGUGGGCGCACAUCUCCGAGAGCGCCAAGGACCUGGUGAGGCGCAUGCUGAUGCUGGAUCCCGCCGAGAGGAUCACAGUCUACGAGGCUCUGAACCACCCCUGGCUUAAGGAGCGGGACAGGUACGCAUACAAGAUCCACCUGCCCGAAACGGUGGAGCAGCUGAGAAAGUUCAACGCCAGGAGGAAGCUGAAGGGUGCGGUGUUGGCUGCAGUUUCCAGCCACAAGUUCAACUCUUACUACGGCGACCCCCCCGAGGAGCUCCACGACUUCUCCGACGACCCGACCUCCUCAGGAUUGUUAGCUGCAGAAACAGGGGCAGUUUCUCAGGUUCUGGACAGCCUGGAGGAGAUCCACGCUCUGACGGACUGCAGCGAGAAGGACAUGGACUUCCUGCACAGCGUCUUCCAGGACCAGCACCUCCACACUCUUCUAGAUCUUUAUGACAAAAUCAACACCAGAUCAUCUCCUCAGAUCCGAAACCCUCCCAGUGAUGGAGUUCAGAGAGCCAAAGAGGUGUUGGAAACCAUCGCUUGUUACCCGGAGAACCUGGAGGCCAAGGAGCUGCGGCGGAUCCUCACGCAGCCUCACUUCAUGGCUCUUCUCCAGACUCACGAUGUGGUCGCCCACGAGGUGUACAGCGACGAGGCGCUGAGGGUGACGCCCCCGCCCUCCUCGCCGUACCUGAACGGCGACUCCCCCGACAGCACCAACGGAGAAAUGGACCUGGAGAACGUGACCCGGGUUCGGCUGGUCCAGUUCCAGAAGAACACGGACGAGCCGAUGGGCAUCACUCUAAAGAUGAACGACCUCAACCACUGCAUCGUGGCGCGCAUCAUGCACGGCGGCAUGAUCCACCGACAAGGGACUCUGCACGUCGGAGACGAGAUCAGAGAGAUCAACGGCAUCAGCGUGGCCAACCAGACGGUGGAGCAGCUGCAGAAGAUGCUGAGGGAGAUGAGGGGCAGCAUCACAUUCAAGAUCGUCCCCAGCUACCGGUCCCAGUCCAUGUCUUGUGAGAAAGAGUCUCCGGAUUUGUCCCGACAGUCGCCCGCUAACGGCCAUGCUAGCGUGACCAGCUCCAUCCUGGACUUGCCGUCAACGAUCCAGCCCAAAGGCCGCGUGAUCUCCAGACCUGCCAUCAAGGACAAACUGUCCAUCAAGAUCUACGUGCGUGCGCAGUUCGAAUACGACCCGUCCAAAGAUGACCUCAUCCCCUGUAAAGAGGCGGGCAUUCGCUUCCGGGUGGGCGACAUCAUCCAGAUCAUCUCCAAAGACGACCACAACUGGUGGCAGGGAAAGCUGGAGAACACCAAGAACGGCACAGCGGGCCUCAUCCCGUCACCGGAGCUGCAGGAGUGGCGUGUAGCAUGCAUAGCAAUGGAGAAGACCAAGCAGGAGCAGCAAGCCAGCUGCACCUGGUUUGGGAAGAAGAAGAAGCAGUACAAGGACAAGUACCUGGCCAAGCACAACGCAGUCUUUGAUCAACUAGACCUGGUCACGUAUGAAGAGGUGGUGAAAGUGCCGUCCUUUAAGAGGAAAACCCUGGUCCUUCUAGGUGCUCAUGGAGUUGGCAGGAGGCACAUCAAGAACACACUCAUUGCCAAACAUCCAGACCGCUUUGCCUAUCCAAUUCCUCACACGACUCGGUUCCCUAAGAAGGAUGAGAAGAAUGGGACCAACUACUACUUUGUGUCCCACGACCAGAUGAUGCAGGACAUCAGCAACAAUGACUACCUGGAGUAUGGCAGUCAUGAAGACGCCAUGUAUGGAACCAGGCUGGAGACCAUAAGGCAGAUCCACGCUCAGGGCAUGAUAGCCAUUCUAGAUGUGGAGCCACAGGCACUCAAGAUCCUGAGGACUGCAGAAUUUGCCCCGUACGUGGUCUUCAUUGCUGCCCCAACCAUCACUCCAGGCCUGACUGAGGACGACUCUCUCCAACGCCUCCAGAAAGAGUCGGAGAUGCUCCAGCGAACCUACGCCCACUACUUCGACCAGACCGUCAUCAACAACGAAAUCGACGACACCAUCCGCCUGCUGGAGGAGGCCGUGGACCUGGUCUCCACCGCCCCCCAGUGGGUCCCCGUCUCCUGGGUUUACUGACGGAACUAAGACCCCGCCACGCAUCUGUACAUAAACAGACUUCACCUCAUCUGCUUCUGUUUGUACAUAUAUACAUAAACAUCUGUACAUACAAAAAAAAAAUAUGACGAUGAAACAUAUAGUUGUGUCCUGUUGAAGGGUGAAGAGCAAGAGCUCCUUCAUUUUAAAAUUUCUGUUAUUUUUAAACAGACAGAAGCAUCGGAAAGGCAAUAGGCUCCUCCUUUGGUACUCUGUAUCGCUCCCACCCCGACCCCCCCAGACUGUAAAGAGACUGAACGUCGAAGCACAUAAGAAGCUGCUACAGUGGCGACAAGUUCACUGUCUGAGCUCCUAAAGCACAGGACUCUGGGCAGUCUCACAACGUAACCCCGCCCCCCGAUACCCUGAAAGGUCUCUGUUUACAUCUGAGUUUGCACAAACGUGGACAACAUCAACAAAGACUUGUGGUCUCUUGGGUUUUUGUUGUCCUCUCCUCCUUUUAUUUUCAGAAGCAAAGGAAUAAAAAAAGAAUUAAAGCACAGACAAAAAUACAAACACUGCCUUAUCGGAGCCUCGAGGGGGAAGAAGUCCAGAACACCUAUGCACACCCCCCAGUUACUACCACACGGACCGCCAACGCUUUCCCCUAAAGCGCUGAGCCGAUGGAUGGGCGGGGCUUCAAGGAGGCAUAGACAUGCAAACCUGUCUGAACUGUUAACUGUCGUCUUUCAGAUUCUACGGAGUGUUUGUCCGGGAGACCAGAACCAACCGUUUUUGUGUGUAAAUGUUCGAUGGUGCGUACCCACAUCAUGAGUGAAACACUAAAGAGCCAGUGUGUGUAUAUUAACCCCCUAAAAGAAGCUCGUAUGUGACAUAACCUUCUCAUACUUUGAUGGCCACCUGUGGACAAACGGUCCCCCCUCCCCCCAGAACCCGCGGGGAUCAAACUGUGACGCGGUCGCUGUCGGACCGCCUCCAGAGUCGAUUGUUUUCUCUUCAUGUCCUGUGUAAAUGACCUCUGCAGUAUGAAAUGUUUCCUUUUUGUUAUUUCAUUUUUAAAGAAAAUAUAUUUGAUUUGACGUGUU